AUCACUCAGUCAUGGUGGUUCUUCAAUUCCCUGCAAUUGUUGCUGUUUUGCUUGCAUUCAUAUCCAUAUACCACAUUCAACAUACAAACUUCUGCAACGGAGAUGACGGUUCCACUAUCCACUGUCCAGAGGUGGAGAUGCGAGCACUUCUACAACUCAAAGAAGCACUGUAUGAUCCAAGCAACCGGCUCUUCUCUUGGUCCGGAGAUGACUGCUGCACAUGGCACGGUGUGGGCUGCGACAACCAGCUAGGGAGAGUCAUCAAACUAGACCUCCGGAAUCCCCAGCCACACACAGAUUCACCUUCUGAUGCUUCCCGGUCCUUGAUCCUAGUGGAGGAGAUAAGUUCAACACUGAUGACUCUCGAAUACUUGAACUACCUUGAUUUGAGCAUGAAUGACUUUCGAUCUAGUAUACCAGACUUCUUUGGAUCAUAUAAGAACUUGGGGUACCUGAAUCUCUCAGGUGCAGGUUUCUUGACAACAGUGCCACAGCAACUAGGGAACCUCUCCAGCUUACUCUAUUUGGAUCUCUCAUACAACAAUCUUGAUGUUGACGAUGCAUCGUGGCUUUCCCGUUUAACAUUGUUGCAGCACCUUGACAUGACAGGAACUAACAUUAGCAAUGCAUCAAAUUGGGCAGAAGCACUGAACAUGUUGCCUUACAUAAUGGAGAUUCACUUAUCUCAAUGUCAGAUUGCAAGCAUUCCUUACACCUUGCCACAAUUGAAUUUCACAUAUCUGUCUAUCCUCGAUCUUUCCAAUAAUCAAAUUAGUUCCACCUUACCAAGUUGGUUAUUCAAGCUAACUGCGCUGGAGUAUCUAUUUCUUGGCAAAAACUAUCUCCAUUCUUCGCUGUCAAUUGGGAACAUGCCCUACCUCAAAGUCCUCGACCUAUCUGACAAUCUCCUUGAAGGACCUCUUCCAUCCAUUAUUGGUGAAGCUUUUCCGAGUCUACAGACUUUCUUCCUAAGAGCAAAUUAUAUUGCUGGCAGCAUUCCAUCCUCCAUAUGUAAGUUAGAGCAGUUGAUUGUGCUCGAUCUCUCAGAAAACCAUUUGUCUCAUGAGCUGCCUAGCUGUUGGAAGAACUCUUCGGUUUUGCAGGUUAUAAAUCUGUCAAACAACAACUUGUCAGGAAAAAUUCCAAAAUCUAUCUGUUCUCUGACCUCCCUUGAGUCUCUGCACUUGAGCAACAACAACCUUUCUGGAGAGAUCCCUAACUGCGUAGUGACAUUGAAUAGUUUGGUCAUCCUUGAUCUUGGACUAAACAGGUUGGGAGGUUGCCUGCCAAGAUGGUUAGGAGAAAGAAUGCCAUGCUUGAAGAUUCUAAUCUUAAGGCAUAACAUGUUCCAUGGACAUAUUCCACCAUCAAUUGCAUAUUUUCAAGUUCUACAAAUUAUGGACCUCUCACAUAAUAAUCUGUCGGGCACAAUACCAACAAGCUUUGAGGACCUUAAUGCAAUGAAGUUUGCCCAGAAUACGAUAAGCUUCACACCUGGGUCUGAUAACUAUUAUACAGAUAGCAUCUCAGUAGUUACAAAAGGAAGAGAAUCACAGUAUGUAAAGAUUCUCUUACUUUUGACAGCCAUAGACCUCUCUUACAAUUACUUGUCAGGAAGUAUCCCUGAAGAAAUAACAAAUCUUUCUGGGCUGCAAAGCUUAGAUCUUUCUAAUAAUCACCUAGCAGGACAGAUAACAAUGAAGAUUGGAGGAUUACAAAAUCUGGAGUCUCUUGAUUUAUCACACAAUGAGUUAACUGGACCAGUACCUUCAACUUUAACGACUUUAGAUUUCCUUGGCUUCUUGAAUUUAUCAUUUAACAAGCUUUCAGGAAAGAUUCCAUCAGGCAACCAUCUAGAAACCUUUGGCUCAUCUAGUUAUAUGGGUAAUCCUGAUCUUUAUGGGUACCCCCUGAAUAAGGAGAACCAAGAUACCAAACCAUCUCAAGAUCCAAAUAACAUUGACACAGAUGUGGAGGCAGAAGAAAUGUUCUACUUCUAUCUUAGCUUGGGACCAGGAUUUGUGGUUGGCUUUUGGUCAGUAUGGGGUAUACUACUUUACAAACAAAAAUGGAGGUAUGCAUAUUUUUGCUUCAUAGACAACAUAUGUGACAAAUUUUAUGUUACUGCAAAAGUAAACUUUGCAAGAAUGAAAAUUAAGUUGUUCAGAUCAGAUCAAGGUUAUGGUUGUAACCCAUGAAACCAAAGGAGAAGUGUAAUAUUUCUUUAUCAAAUUUAUACUACAUCAUGGAUUUUCUUUAUGAAACCUUAUGGCAAGUUUGUAAAUUAUAACGAACUUGGAUUUUAUUAAAUUUCUCUUUCAUCA